AUGGACAGUCCUUGGCUUGCAAACCCAGAAGGAAUGGUCCGAGACCAUGCCGAAAAGCUCACCAACGGGAACAAAGAUGUUGGACCUGAUGAUAACGAGUUAUGGUGGAUUGAGAAAUGGGGAAAGGAUGAUGACGAGAGGAAAAUCAUCAUGGAGGUCAUCAAGAGUAGAAUUGAAUUAGAUUGGCCCUAUAAUUACAAGGCUUUAUUACUUCUUGGGAAGAUGCCGGAAGGUGAAUUGAGUGAUCUGGAAGAGAAAUUAGGGAAAUUUGCCGAUUCCCCUCAAACUGUAACGGGUGCAAAACACCUCAAAGAAGUAUCAAAACCUUUACAUGAGAAAGCCAAAGCUGCAAAAGCAAAGAAGGAGGAAGAAGAGAUGAAGAAACGCCAAGAAGCAAUCAUGGGUAUGUGGGGAGGAUUAUGGGCCAAUAAUGGAUAUACUGCACCAGCAUUACAGUAUGGAGGAUAUAUGGGUUGGCCUUACCCAUAUGCUGCUCCCCCAGGGAUAGCAAAAGCUGCUUCGAUGGAAUGGCCCGGUAAGCCUCCCGAAGGCUGGUCCCCGACUUCGAUAACUGCUUUACCUCAGAUAUACCCCUUUUCACGGACUGGAUAUUACGCAAUACAACCUGAACCACCGAAAGAUGCUGGAAAGCCUCCAUCUCCUUGGUCGGUUUAUGUCGGGAUAGGACCGAAACCGUGA